UGAAGUGUGGGAGUGAGCUGGAGAGGGGGGCAUGUUUCAGGAAGUCUCGCGACUCAAGAAUUAUAUUUUUCAAUCCGCCGUGUUGGUGACAUGAGAUCACGCGGUGGCUGCGUGCCAGUUGUGACAAGACACCUUGCCGCUUGCCAGUGAUAUGGUUCUAAAGGGUGGGGUGGGCAGUAUGCCUUGUGGGGAUCAUGAGCUCACUGUGUAAUGCGAUUUUUUUUAGUGCCUACUAGAAUUGUGUGUGUAUAUAUAUAAGAGAGAUGAUGGAGCAGGGCACAUCGCAAAGCAGGCAGUGCAAGGCGAACCACAGAGACUGUAGCAGGGACAAAGAGACAUGGGGCUGCUUAGUGUUGAAGAGCUGGUCACUGGAAAGCGCUGUGAUGGCAAGAAUGCUGGAGAGGCUUGUGCUGAAGUGUAUGCAGUUGGGGAGUAUGAAGCAUCGAUUCAUCAGGAGAAACAAGAUGGGGUGCGGUCAGAGACAAAACAGGGAACUACACCAAGAAAUGAUGUCGCUCACAUUGAGCUCAACCUCAAAACGGACUUAUCCGGACACCUGAAGCUAGAGACAGUUGAUGACCUCUUCAAUAUCAUGCAGCUGAAAAAGAGAAGAAGAGAGAGGAAACUGAUUGUACACAAGAAAGAGCCUGAGCCUGAAGUACUGCCGGAAAUAGUGGAUGAGGCUAUGUUCCUGAAAGCUGCCAUGGAGAACAAGCUGCCAGUGAUUGAGAAGUACCUGGCAGAUGGAGGAGACUCUAACGCUAGUGAUCAUUUCAAACGCUCAGCUCUACACAAGGCCAGCUAUCAGGGUCAUGUGGACGUUAUGAAGAGGCUCCUGGAGGCUGGGGCAUCUAUAGAGAUGAAAGACAAGUUGGACGCCACAGCUGUGCACUGGGCUUGUAGAGGAGGCAGCCAGCCUGCCCUUGAACUCCUCCUGAACCAAGGGGGCAAAUUCAACUCCAGAGAUAAGUUACGAAGCACGCCUCUCCAUGUGGCGGUGAGGACUGGACGUUACGAGUGCGCAGAACAUCUCAUACACUGUGGAGCAGACAUCAAUGCUAAAGACAGAGAUGGCGACACGCCCAUGCAUGAUGCGGUGAGAAUAAACCGAUUUAAAAUGAUUAAACUGCUGCUGAUGUACGGAGCCAGUCUUAAAACCAAGAACCUGGAUGGAAAGUCACCAAUGGAAAGUCUUCUGGCCUGGCAGAGUGGAGCAAAGACAAUUCUAUGCAACUUUAAGGAGGAGGGUGUGAAUGCGUCCAAGUGAGGAGAUGAGAGACAAGGGAAAGCAUGGCCAUUCCGAUAAUAUCUCAGCGCUCAAGGCAACAGAACAGUUAUUUGCUACAUAUCAGCGAUUAGAGUAGGCAAAAUAAAUUGGCUGGCCAAUUUGAGGAAUGAACUUUUUUAAUUUGCCUCUUGUUAAAAGUGUUUUUGAUGGACAAAGGAGUGCAGAAAGGAACCUUGAUGUUUUGAUGUAAUACUUGGUAAUCAGAAUGCAACCAUAAAAGCUGUCAGUUCUGCAGUCUGAAUCGCCAGGUGUAUAGGUGUUUGACACUGCUGACAGAUUGAAUCUGCUGACAGAUGGUUUCUGGUCUUGAUGACAAGAAAUGUAUGUGAUCAGUGGUCUGUGGAUGUAGAAGUAAAGAAAGUGCAUGUCAUGCAAAAUGCUGAGCAUGGGAGGACCUUAACUUUUUCUAGAUGAAAUGUGUAUAUUUGUCCUUUUUUUGUUGAGGGAUGUAUUUUAGAGAUUUCAAAAAAGUGAAUUAUUGUUUUAAUAAAUAUUUGCUUUGUGUUUU